UACGGUGUUUGCUAACAAACGAGCCGGAUGGAAGCUUCCGCCUCGGCUGAGAGCUUGCUGUCACCGCGGGAGGAUGAACAACCAGAUAUGUAGCACUUUAUCCCUGAAACUGAAAAGCCGAAGGGGGAUCAUACACUGUAUCUAUGUGGUGGGCUUCAUGGACUUGUUCGGGGUGAGCAUGAUCAUCCCGCUAUUGAGCCACCAUGUAAAGGCUCUUGGAGCAAGUCCCACAGUGGCUGGAAUUGUGGGCUCUACGUAUGGAAUGUUGCAGCUUUUCUCCAGCACAAUAGUAGGCAGCUGGAGCGACGUGGUGGGGCGGCGCUACUCCUUGCUGACCUCUAUCCUGCUGAGCGCCUUCGGCUAUGGCCUCCUUGGGAUUUCUACAAGCAUCACUUUGUUUGUGCUCGCAAGAAUACCUGUAGGACUAUUCAAGCACUCAUUGUCCAUCUGCAGAGCCUUGCUGUCAGACCUGGUGUCUGAAUCAGAGCGCCCUCUGGUGAUGGGACAUUUUAAUGCAGCCUCCAGUGUGGGCUUCAUCCUGGGUCCUGUAGUAGGCGGCUACCUCACUGAGCAUGAAGGAGGCUUUUAUACCUCCUCUUUUACAUGUGCAGCCAUCUUUCUAAUCAAUGCCGGCCUGGUUUGGAUGCUGCCACAAAGCGAGAAAAUAACCGAUCGGAACGAAACCAACAUCAGCAAUAACAGCAGUAAGGUGUGUCACAAUGAGUACUGUACCAAGUCUGCACAAAAUGGCCUCCAUGCAAACAACCAUCACUCAGGAUUGACCACAGUAACUGAAGCAGACUGUAGAUCCGCCCGGAAGCCUCGCCUCAGGUGGAGGGAGGUGUCUCUGCUCCAGCCUGCAUGGAAGCAGCUUACCUCAGUCAGCUCCAGGAUUCAUAUGGUGGCUUCUUCUGAUAUGUGGGACCUCUUUCUCGUGCGUCUGUUGAUGGCCAUAGCCAUCAUGCUGUACUACAGUAACUUCUCUCUGGCCAUGGAGGAGCGUUUCUCUAUGAAACCAAAGAUGACAGGUUAUCUGAUCAGCUACAGCAGCACCUUAGGGGCCCUGGCCGGGUUCCUGGUGGGGCCCGUCACUCAGCUUUACAGGAACAACAUGCCUGCUCUGCUGCUUCAUUCCACUGUCCUCACCUGUUCGCUUAUUUUACUUUACGCCACCGCUCCAAGCGUGUGGCAGGUUGUGCUCACCUCCACCUUCUUUGCCAUUUCUACCUCCAUCGGACGGACGUGUAUCACAGAUCUGGAGCUUCAGAGGGGAGGGGCCCACGCCAGCGGAACUCUGAUUGGAGCCGGCCAGUCGGUGACAGCCGUGGGUCGAGUUCUGGCUCCGCUCCUCUCCGGUCUCACCCAGGAGAUCAGCCCCUGUGGUCCUGCUAGCUUGGGAGUCGUGCUCGCUCUGGCAGCUGUAGGUUUGCUUCUCAUCAGAAUCCCGAAAUGGGAUGGUGGAGGACGGACAAAAACGGGAAAACUUUAAAAACUCAUUGCAACUGAAUGUUUUUGUUGUUGUUUUUUUACUAUGCAAAUACAUCACUUUGAGAAGUGCAAUUAUUUGCAGCAGGCAGCUGUAAUGGACAGCAAACCCUCAGUGUUUCAUGCUGAAGCAUGGUUGAUGCCAUGGGUGCCUCCACUUCCUGCAUCUGCUUCUCUCAGGGACACUGGAACCAAAAAAAAAAUGUGUGCAGCUUGAAGCAAAAGGCUGCAAAGUUUAUUGUGCUUCCAAAUUUGUUGAACUUUGAUCAAACAGAAACAUGCAGUGAGGGCCUUAUCUUAUUGUCCUGGUUAUUGCAAUAAUCUACACCAUGCUGUUAGUUUAGCUCUGUAGGCACUACCUAAUUCAAAUUUAAUGAAGUAAUGAGAAGACCACUAAUCAUUCACUACAAACCUAACAAACUACUGAAUUAUAAAGAUAAAGCGGAGGGGAUACACCACUGAAACUCUCAUUAGAGAUGCACUGAUCAUUACUAUGUUAAUGAUUCCCAGACUUAAGUUUUUUAAAAGUUAUGUGAAUGUUCAAUUGAUUGUGAUUGGUCUUUACAAAUUACAUGAGCAGCAUUUAAAUGUUUGAGGUCUUUAAGCUGAUUGUCACCAUUAAUUAUGUGUCUUUGUUAUUAAAUACUAUAAAAAAGUUUUACUAUUUUAAAAGAAACUCUUAGUUUACAUUCUAUAUCUGUUCAGAUUUCCUGUUUUUUGCUCUUAACACAUUACUGUCUACAUUUAUUUAUGAUUGUUUGAAAUAUGUUUUAUGUUUUUUCUGACUAGCAGUCACUAAAUUAAGUAAAAACUAUCAAUUUAAAUAUAUCUUAUUUUGCGGUAUUGUAAUGUCCUGUGAGGUUAGAGAAGCCCCAAGGGCUGCUGGGUGAUAUUAAGACGGGGAAAUAUCUCACCAUUUAAUCCUAGUUUUGUCUCAAAGGAUUGUUAAUGUUCCUAAUCUGUUGAGGCUAAGCUAAUGUUAUGUUCUGGAGUUUGCAGUUGUAAGUGUUAAAAUCCGCACCAUGAGAAGUUGCAUAUAAUGGAAAAAAGCAUUUCCUAAUUGGUUGAUUUGAAUUGAUAUGAGGUUUGUGACUGGACCCUGGUUUCAGUGUGACUUACUUACCUGCUGUUACAGUUUCAUUCAAAUUAGUGACAAUAGGCAUAACUGAGACCAAAGGUAACCAGAUUAAUUCAUUUAUCUGAAUUAUUCAUGGAGUCUGCAAUUGCUAAGCAGAGCAAUGAAACUGAUUUCAGAUCAGUUUUGUCUCUGCUCCAUCAUCAUAUCAUCAAGCUUCUUUUCGUAUUUCAAAGUCACCUAUAGGCAAAUAUAUGAAGAAAUCAAGCAUUUAGAGCUACGUGUGUACUGAUUUGUUAUUGAAUAAAGUUUUUUUUUUCUUCUAACCCCUAAAGAAAAACACUUUCUGUUAAAGCGAAACCACCUUUCCCAUCUUGAAACCACCUAUUAUUACACCACUUAGGAAGGCCUAAAAGCAUAUUUUGACUUAGACGUUAACUGAAAUUGAGACUUAGGCUGUCAUUUUCAGAUUAGCCCUAAGAUCAACUUUAAGUCAGAACCAUCAAGCUCUGCCUCAUCACCCCUCUCCAAUCCGACAAGGCGGCUUUUUUUUUUUUUUACAGUACAGGCACAGCAUGUUCAAGGUAGCUGCUCACUGUAGGGGGCCCUUCUUUUUUUGUAGAUAGCCUUGUUGUUAUGACAGGUGAGGGAGGGGCUGCCUCUUAUACAGUUCCUAUUCAGUCAUUAGGAUCACUGAAAAGAUGUUUGAAUCAAGCCAGAUACCACAAUCUUCUUGCAUGAUUUAGAUAAAAUGAUGACAUUAUAACAUAAGUAAAAGCUCAGAAAAGUAUAUUUUUCAUGAUAUCUGUCCUGUAAUACCACAAAAUCAACUGGUGUUUCAUGCACAAUCUGACCACUAGGUGGCAUUUAUGUGUUUCUAGCGCUGAUCUUUAUUUAUUAACUGGAUUGCUGAUAGCCCAAAAAACAGUGAAGCCACCGGACGCCAUAUUGGUACUCCCCACUCCCAUUGAGACACUCCAUAAAAAUGCCUAUGUGUGUAGCAUUUAGAUGUGAAAACAAGCAGUUUGUCAGCUAUGGGAAUACUUUUCACAGGUAAUUUCACCGUGGAUGUACUAACCAAAAAAAAAUCCAUGUAACAGUAAUAGUAACAUUAGUCUGGCUAUCUCAGACUGACUGGAAGACAUUGACUGAAUUAUCCAUCAACACUCUGUCUAAUGUUAGAAAAUAGAAAGUAGAGUAUAUAGAAAGUAAUUCUCUGUGAAAUGUCAAUGUAGUAAUUCUUUAUUAAGUGAAUGACGCUGUCGUUUUUGUAGGGUUUGCUGUAUUUCUCAUUUCAGAAAGUCAUGUGCUGCAAUAUAUUGCAUGUUAUAUUGAUGGAAAAAAGCAACUUAAACAUAUUUAAAAGCUAAUGUACUGACAGCCUUAAAGUAUAUGCCAUCAUUCAUGCAUAAUUUGCAAGAAGGAAAAUACUAUAGCAUUAACAGACAUUUACUUUUAAUUCAGUCUUGAUGUCAAAUUUUGAAAUAUGUAAUAUCUAUUUACCAUAACAUUGUCAUCAACACAUGCAUAUUACAUGUACAUUGUCAAUUUAGCACUUUUGGCACAUCUGUGUUAUUGUGUUCCAUUAACACAUUAAUUUUGUUGUGAUGAAUUUGUAUAAUAUGUUAUAUUACAUGAUUUAUAGACUUCAUUGACUUCUUACUGACUAUGCAGUGUGCUGUAGUCAAUGCAUUGUUAUCAUCGCGACCAGUGUAACUAGGGAGUACCAAUAUGUUGGGCAUUGGCUUCACACCACCCCGUACUACCAACAGGCUAUCAGCAAUCCAAUGAAUAAAUAGAAAUUAGUGGUGACUAAUGUGUUAGUUGAAUGUACCUUAGUAUAACGAUAAACAGGCACCUUUGCAUUAAGGCCACCAGGCACUGUUGUUACAGAGUUUAAAGGCUGUUGCAAAAGAGUUAAGUCUUGCUCUCUCUAACUCUUUUCUCCUGGCUUAAAAAAAAAAAAAAAAAAA